AUGAACCGGUUCAGGACAAAGAAGAAGCAGAAGGAGGUGGAGGCGCCGACGACUCGGUCGAGUGAGGACUCAGAGCAGUCGUCUCUUCCCUUCAGAGGGUUUCGCAAUCGCAAAAAGGUUCAGCAGGAGGAGACCAAGCCAGAGUUCGAUCUCGCCACUGCUCUUCCUUCCACCGAUGAUUUCCGGACCAGUCUGUUGAUGUCUAACCUCUCCGCCCGGUUCUCCAUGUUGAGGGAACAAGAUGAUCCAAACACCAAGAUUGGGAAGGCCAGCGAUGACAGCGUAUUAUACCCAAAUCGACAGUCCCGCAUGGCCGACUUUGGCUUCUCUGGUGGUGCUGGUUUGGCUGACAUCGCUGAGGUGGAGUCGAUCAGGGCUGCUACUUUUUUGCGAAAAGACUCUUUUGCGUCUGAUGACACCGACGUGAAAGGGGGUGUUAUGAACCGUUCAAAGCCGCUAGAGGGCAACAACUUGUUUGGCGGGCGACAAAAAGUUUACAAAAUUCCGGCUGGGUCAAAGGCUGCUGCAGGAGGCCUGGGAGGACGUGCUUUGUACGACGACGACGUUCCAAUGUCGGCUUUUCAGAAAUGGAGACAAGCUGAACGGGAGAGGUCUAUGGAGAGAGGAGAGGCUCAGUCAGAUCAGCCCGAAGAAGAUGUUGAGCCAACGCGGUCGACAUCUCCUCCACCCAGUGCGUACAACCAAAAAAGGGAGACAUCCUCAACCAUGUCAUCGGCUUCCAACUUGGCUCGCAACUCCACAGCGGCCACUUCGAUUACCUCUCAGACUGCCAAUAGCGUCAAGGAUUCGUCCUCAGCGGCAACUUCCUCGACUACCGCGAAUACUGGGCCCGUCACGAGAGCGAGACGGCUGUAUGAGCAGGGUCUUAAUCAGGAUCUACAAGAGCAGCAAUCCUCUGCCUUGUCUCGUCUCGACACAAUGACCCGCCAAAGACCCUUUGGCACCCGCAAUGACGCAGGCGCGACACCUUCCCCCUCAACUGCCUUUGCUCUCGACAGAUCAGUGAGCGAGAGACGGGCAAUGUUGGCAAAGGCUAGCGCCCCAAAUCUGAGGACCCCCAGCUCUGCCACCACUGCGUCUCCUGUGAGCUCAGCGAGCUCAGUUCCGAAGCCUUCGCCUCAGCCUGAAGCAAAGACAAACUUCGGCGCCGCACCCCCUCUCAGUCCACCCAUCAGCGAGACCGGCGAACAGCCCUUCCUGCCAAUUCAGCCAAAUGAUGUUGGCAAGGCGACGGCCCUUGGCAUGUUCCAGAAGCCAUCGCAACCGUAUGAUGAAUCCACGUACGCCCAGCGCCAGAUUCAGCUGCAACAGGGCAGGGAGACGCCUACCCCAAAAAUCAGCCUCGAUGCCAGCAGCAACCUUUCGCCGCCGUCACAAGCCUCACAGGGGAUGCCGCCAACCCCGGUUCCCGACUCCGAGCUUCCAACCCCACCCAUCAUCUCCAACCUAAACCUGUCUCUCUCCACACCUGACCUCAGCCUCCAACGCCCGGCUGACGAGGACCACCCAGCUCUCAGGCAAUCAGCAAUGCCUAACCCCCUCUCCGUCACCCCAAGGGUUUCUAGCCCGCCUCCGACCAUCCAGACAUCAUCUGAAGAGUCUGAAGAGCCAGUGCCAAUCGAUUCGCCAACCCUGGGCCCAGCUCCCGGCUUGGCUGGCUUGAGCGGCAUGGUUCGCCAACACCUGCGUAGUGAAAGCACAAACUCGUCGAUCUACGACAGCGGACCUCAGACAUCAGGCGUUGACUCCCGCUUCAACACGACACUGUUCAGCCCAUCUAUUGUUAACGACCUUGCCUCCCGCUCAAACCCUUGGAUGAAUGGUGAUCAGGAGUGGGCUGUUUCGUACUACGGCGGUAACCCUGACAAGGAGCCAGCUCCAGAGACAGCUAACCCAGAUGUAACCCCCGAAGCCAAGGCCGAUAUCACCGAAGAAGUUGAUGAGUUUGCCACCCAGCUCGCCGAUGCCCGCCGUCGUGUCAGGGAGAAGUUGACGUCGUAUGUCGAGUCCGAUAGCAGCAGAGCCGGUUCCCCUGUGCCCCAAGAGGCAGCGCCUUCCGCAUCAUCAACAUCAUUGAGUCUUGGUAUCCUCAAGUCGAAGUCGAGCAAGGGUUCCAUUGUGGAGCGAUCGCGAAACACUAGCGCUGCGCCAUCGAAAGUCACCAAGAUGCUGGGAAUUGGUGCUGCAACCAUGAGCACGUCUCCGUUGCCAACCAAGCAAUCCUUCGAUGACAAGGAUGUCUCGACACUUGCCACUAUGAGAGAGGAGUCCAGACAGCAAGAGGCCGAGUCGCAGGACACCCGCCAUUCUUCGGAAUCAGCCACUAGCGGUGAACCAGCGACCAAGCCAGAGGAUGAAGACAGUUCCCGUACUCCUCCUGGUCUGAGAGCGUUCCAGAAAGCCAGACGGGAACUUCAGAAACGCAAGGAGCUGGAGACGCUGGCGCGCCGUCAAGCCACGCAAACAUCAGCCGCUGCCGAUGGCCAAACACCCCUUCAGCCACCCCCUAGAGCUGACCGUAGCAUGAACCAACGCUCGCCGCCGAGCGGCGAUAGGAGACCGCCUCCCGUAACAUACCGGCCACGUGCUCCCAGUGACGAAAGCAAUUACAGCAACUCCCCGAGUGGACGCGAUCGCAGUGGCUCGGAGAGAUCGGAGGGUGGUGGUCGUUCGCAUAGCCGCCCUCCUCGCCUGAUGACCAACGGCAACAUUAUGUCUCACGAUCAGUUGGCUCCCUGUAGUGCUCGCACACCCAUGAUGCGCUCUCCUGGUCUGCCAGGGACUGACAUCAAGGGGUCUCCCAUCAUGCCUCCUCAUCCCUAUCCCGGCCGCGGGGUUCCGUCACCGGCCGCCUCUCCCAUGCUCAACCAGUCGAGAUCAGUCGGAAAUCUGGCUCUACACACGAAUCGCCUCGGUAUUGACGUCCACCCCGGGCAACCCUCACCCAUUUCUCCCAUGGGCCUCCCGUCCCCGUCGCCCUAUGGUGCUGGAGCAUCGCCCUCGCCGGUUGGAACACCCACUUCAUUCGGUCCCCUGAUAGGUCGACAACCAUCAGUCUCUCAAUCGCCAGCCUUGGGACCGGUGAAUGCGAAGCGAAUUGUCGACAAGCGAGAAAUUUCCGAGCCCACGCUCAUGUCAGCCACCACUCGCGUCCCAACCGUUAACCUCCCCCACCAGCGUGCUAUGGGCCUGGAUGGAAACGAUAGAGGACCCCCGUAUCCGGAAUCGAGGUCACGUUCGAGCAGCCGCGGGGGUGCGCCGCCGCCUCUGCCUCCGAUCAAUCCACGACGCAGACGAGAUGAUUCGAGUGCUGGACGCAUGCCGGAAGAUUCCGGCAUGGCUGCCCCGAGGUUGCCUUUCGCCAGCCAAGCGAACCACAGUGCUUCCAGUCUUGACCAUGCCAGCGAAGACGAGAUGGGCCGCCGCAGAUUGCGCAAGGCCAGGCCCUCCGAUGGACCUACUCCCCCAAGCCCCAGGACCUCUGGCGGAACUCGGGACAAGAGCCCACCAUUUCUUGCAAAGGGCCCGCUGCCGAGAAUGAACCCAGGCAUGGGCCCCGGUGGCAUGAUUUAA